AUUACGAACGGUGCUUUCUCCAUCUCAACGUGUUAUAGGUUUCGUUUCUCUCCAUUUCAUUCCCCAGCUACUCUCUCUCUCUCUCUCUCUCUCUCUGGUUUCUCACUCUAAUGCGUAAGCUAAGAAGAGAAACGCACAUAAAAGUAAAACUAUUCUUCCCUUAACUUUCCCGAGAAACAUCGCUAUUUUUUCCCAGCAAAAACAUUCCAUUUUUUCUCGGAGUUUACGUGGAAUUCUAUCUCUCUUUCAUUUACUAGGUUUUGGACUUUUGUUUUGGGUCAUAGUAGUUGUUAGUUGUUGUUACUCUCAUGGCUAUGUUUCAAAAACAAGAGCUUGAAGAAGAAUACAGAGGCGCCACGAGAACCGUUGAUCUCAGAAUCAACGAAAUCAGCGGUGCACAAGAAGCGGGACCCACGUCGCCGCCUAAACCGAAGGAAGAGCCGGACUCGGAGGAGGACUCGGAGGAGGGCAUGUCACGUGCGAUGCAAGUGACGCCAGUAGCUAUGCACGUGCCUUCGGGAAUUCCCAUGACCAAAGCGGCUGCGAAGAGAGGCUCCACCAAGGACCGCCACACCAAAGUGGAGGGUCGCGGCCGGAGGAUCCGAAUGCCCGCCACGUGCGCCGCUCGGAUCUUUCAGCUGACCCGAGAACUCGGCCACAAGUCCGACGGCGAAACCAUCCGGUGGCUGCUCGAACACGCCGAGCCCGCCAUCAUCGCCGCCACCGGAACCGGUACCGUUCCCGCCAUCGCCAUGUCUGUUAAUGGGACUCUCAAAAUCCCAACCACGCCCGCUCCAACGUCCGACCCGAAACCCGGUGACCCACCCGUUAAAAAGAAACGCAAACGGCCCGCCAACAGCGAAUAUAUAGACAUAAACGACGGCGUUUCGGUCUCCUCUGGACUCGCUCCAAUAUCAACAGCAGCAACAACCCCCAUGCCUCAAAUACAAGCGGUGCCUCAAGCUUUGGUUCCCAUGUGGGCUAUACCAUCAAACGCCGUCGUUCCGGGCGCGUUCAUUAUGGUCCCUCCGAUGACGUCAAUUACCGGAGCUCCGAACCCGGCUCAUAUAUUCACAUUCCCGGCCACAGCCACGCCUUUGAUUAACAUUUCGGCCCGACCCAUAUCGUCGUUUGUGUCCUCCAUGGCUAAUUUAGCCCCGCCAGUUCAAAUCCAAGCCAGCUCAGCAGCUUCGUGUUCAAGCUCUGCUACAGCUAUUACAACAAGUACAACAACAAUUGCUACAGUUAGUGCUCCCACUGCGACUAUUUCAACCACUCAGAAGCUGAGAGACUUUUCGUUGGAGAUUUACGAUAAACAGGAGCUUCAGUUCAUGUCUCGGUCUUCGAAACACUGAAAAAAACCACCGAAACAAAAAAAAAGAAAGCCACUGAGAGAAAGUCUGAAACUGAAAGUGUUUUCUGUGUUUUCCGUGUUUCUGUUUUUGGAAUUUCAUGAAAGGAGGAGCACGUGCGCACGUGAGGCCAGGGAAGUGUUUUUUUUUUUUUAAAAGUGGAGGCACGUGUGUGCGGUGGGGUUGAUACUCAAAAACUCAAAAAAAAGUGGGCCCCCGAAAAGGUGGGGAGUGGGAGUGGGGGCCAAAAACGGGACCGUUUUCGCACUGUAACCUAUGUUGCGAUGCGGCCUUCGCGGUUGCUGGUGGUCCCUACUCUCUUACUGGGGGUGGGUUUGGUGGUCCGAUCGAGACGAGUGGGGUAAAGUAUUAAAAAAGAUUGGAGAAUUGGACACGUGUCACUCACUUCGUAGUACAGGGUGUGGGGUACGCGAUGUUCCCUCUUGGAGCACGUGGGGUCCCAUUUUUUUUUUUUUUUUUUAAUUGGGGGGGGGGGAAGGGGGGGCCCAACCCCAAGUAUAAUGUAUGGGCCCUUUGAUUGCGUUUGCUAAGCAAAACGUGAUGAUGAUGGUGGUGGUGGGUAUCAA